CGGAGAUGGUGUUGCCGACGAUACUCAAGCGUUUAAGCUGACUUGGGACACGGCUUGCGAACUCGAAUCCGCGGUUCUUCUAGUCCCGGAUGGUUAUUCCUUCAUGUUACAAUCUACGAUCUUUGCAGGUCCUUGUAAGACUGUUGGCCUUGUGUUUCAGAUUGAUGGAACCAUAAUGCCACCUAACGGACCUGAUUCUUGGCCAAGAAAUACCAGCAAAAGGCAAUGGCUUGUCUUCUACAGAGUCAAUGGAAUGUUAAUGCAAGGCGGUGGCCUUGUAGAUGGAAAAGGAGAGAAAUGGUGGAAUCUUCCCUGCAAACCUCACAAAGGAAUUAAUGGAACAACAAUGCCUGGUCCCUGUGAUAGCCCUGUUGCUAUAAGGUUUUUCAUGAGCUCAAACUUGACUGUUAAAGGACUCAAAAUCAAGAACAGUCCACAGUUCCAUUUCAGAUUUGAUGCCUGCCACGGCGUUCGUGUAGAAUCACUGACUAUAAAAACACCGGCCCAAAGUCCCAACACAGAUGGAAUUCACAUCGAGAACACAAAUAAUGUGCAGAUAUAUAAUUCCUUCAUAUCGAACGGUGAUGAUUGUGUAUCAAUUGGAGCUGGUUGCUAUGAUGUUGAUAUAACGAACAUAACUUGUGGUCCAAGUCAUGGAAUAAGCAUUGGUAGUCUGGGGGUCAAUCAUUCCCGAGCCUGUGUUUCGAACAUCACGGUUUCAGAGUCGGUAAUACAGCAUUCCGACAAUGGCGUCCGCAUUAAAACCUGGCAAGGCGGAUCGGGCUGUGUCUCGAAAGUCGAAUUUCGUAACAUCAGCAUGGAAGCUGUUCGCAACCCGAUUAUCAUAGACCAGUACUAUUGCCUCACCAAAAACUGCAGUAACCAAACAAGUGCAGUUGUGAUUAAUGACAUCUCGUACGUUAACAUUAAGGGCUCGUAUGAUGUUAGAAGUCCACCGAUGAGUUUCGCUUGUAGUGACUCAACUCCAUGCAUAAACCUUACACUGGCACAAGUAGAGCUGCAGCCCGCCACCCGUGGACAUGUCGUGGCGAAUCCCUAUUGCUGGAAUGCUCAUGGAACUAUCCUCGCACAAACUAUUCCGCCAGUCUAUUGCUUGGAGGAAACUAAUGUCACCAUUGAUAACACAAACUUAUGUGGGCAGGUGUUGAAACAGAUUAUUAUGUAA